GUAGUCAAGAGGAUUGCCGGAAAUUUCUUUUGUUGAUCAUCGCAUUUUUGUUUUCGGCCUGUUUUUUGGAGCCCAUAAUUACUCGCGUUCGUCUGUUUACGUUGUUGAUUUAUUCAUAGAAUAUCUACUUGUUAAACAGAUUUACUACGUAAACUAAACUGAAAGGUUACAAAACGAAACUUAUCUUGCCUUGACCUGUGGGCCCAAGACUGGGCUAACGUUAGCCUAGCUUUCACUGGAGUCCUGCUAGCAGGCAGUAUCAGCUUGUGUUCGCUGGAUUAAAUAUAAGCGUUUCCGUGACUUUACUAUUAAAUACAUAGAUUGGAGGACACUUCAAAGAAACAUGGCAGUUGUCAACGAAGGUGCACUAAAGAAAAUGCUGAAGCAAUACAAGUACAGAGAUCUGACAGUUCGUGAGAUAACCAAUGUCAUCUCCCAGUACAAGGACUUGAAGCCAGUUAUGGAUGCCUAUGUGUUUAACGAUGGCUCUGCAAGGGACUUAAUGAGCUUGACAGGAACGGUCCCUGUGAGCUACAGAGGCAAUGUCUACAACAUCCCAGUAUGUUUGUGGUUGCUGGACACAUAUCCCUACAACCCUCCCAUAUGUUUUGUUAAACCUACCAGUGCCAUGAUGAUUAAAACUGGCAAGCACAUUGAUGCCAAUGGCAAAAUCUACCUGCCUUAUCUGCAUGAGUGGAAGCAUCCUCAGUCAGACCUGUAUGGGCUUAUUCAGGUAAUGAUUGUUGUGUUUGGAGAGGAACCUCCUGUGUUUUCCCGCCCGACCACACAAGCUCCCUACCAAAGCUUCCAAGCAGCUGGACCCCCUAAUUCUUCUUACAUGCCUGGCAUGCCUGCAGUCUCACCCUAUGGCCCAAAUCCCAACCCUGGAGGCUAUCCAGGUUACCAGUUUCCAGGGGGAAACUCUUACCCAGCCACUGGUGGACCUGCACUCUACCCCACCCAGAACCCAGUCUCCACUGUGGGUCCGAGUAGAGACGGCACCAUUGGCGAGGACACCAUCCGUGCAUCUUUGAUUUCAGCUGUGAGUGAUAAACUCCGCUGGAGGAUGAAGGAAGAGAUGGACAGAGCUCAGGCUGAGUUGGAUGCCCUGAAGCGAACAGAGGAGGACCUGAAGAAAGGACAUCAGAAAUUGGAGGAGAUGGUCUCAAGACUCGACCAGGAAGUGACUGAAGUCGACAGGAAUAUCGAGCUGCUGAAGAGAAAGGACGAGGAGCUUAGUGAGGCUUUGGAGAAAAUGGAGAACCAGUCCGAGAACAAUGACAUCGAUGAUGUCAUUGUACCCACAGCUCCGCUGUACAAACAGAUCUUGAACCUGUAUGCUGAGGAGAAUGCUAUAGAGGACACAAUCUUUUACCUGGGCGAAGCCCUGCGCAGAGGUGUCAUAGAUCUGGAAGUCUUCCUCAAGCAUGUGCGCCUUCUGUCCAGGAAACAGUUCCAGCUUCGUGCUCUCAUGCAGAAAGCCCGCAAGACCGCUGGCCUUAGUGACCUGUACUGACCUACAGUAGCAGCUUAGAAACGUUCAUAUCUUCACACUCCUGUUCUUCUUCCUGCUGUUUACUCCCUUUUUAUUGUCUUCUUGUAUACCAACCAGCUGCCUCUUUUUAAUGGAAACAACUGAGACAAAAUGCAUCAGAAAUGUUAAUAGGUCAUCUAUGACCCCUGUUCCCGUUGGCGCCAUUUGAGGUGAUUGUGUAAUGGCAAACAUGACCCAGACAUCAUUACUUGUAUGCCCCAAUGUUUAGUGAAAAAUCUUCGUCAGCUUUGUAAAUCAGGUAGUGUGGUUGACAUGAAAAAACUGCUUGACACAUAUGCCAUAUGGGUAAAAAUGUAGGUGAAAGCCUGGCGUGUUAACAGUUCAUGCAACGUCUGACCUGAGCAUUUAUGCUGUAACUGGACUUUUUGUUUUUUACACAGUUUGUUUGUUGAUCUAAAUACAGCAUGCUGAACUGUGCCCACAGGUUCAGUUAGGAGCGCACAUGCUGGACAAUUGGCCUGUAAGCACAAAGGGUAAAGGACAAGAGGAGCUUUGUGGACACUUCCCUGUGUCCACUUCCCUGUGUCCACUUCAUAAUAAAGCAAAUACCCAGAGCAGUUCUACUAAAUGACAGAGGUCCAGUCUCAGGAUUUGCUCUGUGUGAGCUGUGCGGUCAUCUUCUGGAAGUCAUAGGUGAUGAUCAACGUGGACUUUGACUGUCUCAAUUAGGUCAGUUGCUGCGCUGAAGUAUGAACUCCCAUACUUUUAACCCUCACUGAAACAGGCUUUUCCCCUUUAUGUUCACUUGUAAUGAUAUAAGAUAUAAGGAUUUUGAUCAUGUGUCAGGAGCUCAGGCUUACCCUUCAGUCUGACUGUAUGAAGCAGUCAUGUAAAAUAGCUGUUUCACUUUGUACAGUGUCUACUUAUAGUAGAUUGCAGUUCUGGCAUACUUAAUUUUUAGAUAUUGGACAAAAUCUCUAUUCUUUUUUAUUUUUAUUGGUGGAGGGAAAAGGGGCUUACUUUUUCAGUUUCCCUGGUGCUGUCCACUCACACUCAGGCCUGCUGAGAAAGUUAGGUUUUUGUUAAUAAGUAAAAGUUGUGAAUAAAGUGGAGGGCUAGAGAGUACAAAAAAAUAAAGAACUGUUGUACUAAUCAAAAAGUUAACUUAUGUAAAGUGUGGUCUCUUAAAUUAGCCUUUUACUAAAUGCACUUUGAAAUGUAUGAUAGAAUAUCUGCUAUAUAUAGUUUUUGUUUUCAUUUCAACCAUAGCUCACCUGUUCUUUUAUAACUGUAGAUUUAUGUAAAUCAGUAAAAAAAAAUAUAAAAAAAAGUUAAUGUGUCAUGCAAUCUUUUCAUCUGACGUCAUCAUAAUUAUAAUUAAACAUCACAGAAAUGUGAUUAUAUCUCAAAACUGCUGCUGCAGUAAUCCACUGGUUUGGUACAAAUAAAGUUUUGUUUUUUUUCUUGUUAAACCUGUGGUGUGGAACCUGGUGUCAACAGGUAAGAACAGUGUGUAAUUAGGUCUACGUAAAUACUCGCCAACAAGGUCACACAAAAGCAAGAGGCUCAGCUUAAAAACGUCAUUUUGAGGUAACGUAACUUGCUUCAUGUUUACAUAGUUGUUCUAUGAGUUGCCCAAUCAGCAACUCAAACAAGCUGUUAUUAACGUAGUCCGAUGACAAGAGCAAAGGGCAGUUUUGUUUCCUUAUCCUGGCAGGUUUAUUUGAUGUUACAGCAAAUAAAAAUCAACAUCCAGCUGCCAUUCAAGGUACAAUUCUUCAGUAAGUGGUGAAUCCACAUGUUACAAUAAUACAUAAAUAUAUUACUGCAGUGACUGAUAAAUGAAAGUAUAUAUAUUAGAUAUUUUUAUGAUUAUUUUUGUGUCCUUUUUUUAGAUUUGAAAGGUGUUAAUAAAAUAUUUGGAAAAACCAACACAGGAUUGUUGACUCGUACACUGAACCUUAGUGAUGAUGCUAGUUUACUGUUCUCCACUGGCUCUCUGUAAUCUCUGACUUAUGUAAAGGUUAGACAGUAACCCCUUUACUUGUCUCAGACAUCAUGUCAGUGCAUUUAUAGUUAGGUUUGGUUAAGAAGGCUUCACUGCAAAGCUUUAAAGAUCUAACACUGCUUUGCUCGGAUGAUAAGGUACUUGGAUAUCACAGGAUUUUUGCCCAGUGAUUUAGAAAAUGUGGCAGUGCUAUAAUGACUGUAGGGUAAUAAGGAAGCCCUUUUUGUAGAGAAUGGAAUGACUUACAAAUGCUU